UGCACACAGUCACAUGAGCAUCGUUUGCUCAAAGCACGUUUUUCUUUACGAGACGAAACGUUCUCGACAAAACGCGCGUGGGAAAUCGUUCUGCUAGUAGAGCUUUCUUUCCGUAAGAAGGCGUGCUGUUCACACAAAGAAGAAAAAAAAAAGGAAUUCCGAACACGAGAACUGAAGAGGAUUGCUAGCAGAUGGACUAUUUGAGAGUUUGAAGAUUUGUCUGGGAAUGUACAGCUGCUGUUACAAAAAGUAAUUUGUUGUUGUCAGCAUGGCAGUCUACAAAAGAAUCUCAUCUGGAAAUCUCAUGAGGUGGUGUUUUUUUAAUCUGCUGCAUGUGUUUCUAUUAGCAAAUGAAGUGUCUCUGCAGGAGACUGUUGUUGGUUUUAUUGGAGGCUCUGCUGUUUUACCUUGUUCUUCUAAAGAACCUCCGCAUACAAUUCAAGACAUAAAUCAAGUGCGUUGGAGAAACAAGUACAACUUGAAUGUGUAUGAGAUUAUUAAGGGUAAAGUCUCUGUGGAAGAACAGAAUCCACAGUACAAGAACAGAACUGAAAGCUUUCCUGAGGAGUAUAUGAGAGGAAACUUCUCCAUCAAACUCAACAACCUUCAACACGCUGAUGCAGGAGAAUACACAUGCUACAUCAUCAUGGAGGAAUCAGAAGACCAUACUGUUAAGCUUUUGACUGAAGAGAGACCAGAAAGACAACUCCCCAAUGAAGGAACAAAACCAAGACCAGAUAUGAUUGUAAUGAUCAUUUCUGUUCUGUGUAUUGGCAUUAUAUUUUCAUUGGUUAACUCUGCCACAGCGUCUUUCUAAAGAGUUGUUUUGUCAUCACUCACUUCCCAGUUCCUAUACUCGACGUCAUCUGCACAGGUUCCUAGGAAUGUCUGUAUAUCAUCUAGAUAUAUCUUUGUUGUUGUCCAGACCCUCAUUAAUCUAUGCAGCCCAUCUAAACCUUUUGUGCAGUCAUGCAAAUACCAGCAUGCACUGAAAAUGUAAAAGCUCUCUCUAUAGAUGACCUAUUGUGGUGGAGGUAGACAUCAAUGAUGAGUUCUGGUGCUUUUGAUACAGUAUUGAGAGGACUAUUUUACAAUUACAAAAUUAUAAUUUCAGUAUACAAAAGGCUGUGAAAAGGUUUUAAUGUGAACCAGUCCUAGGCAUCAUGUGAUGUGCGGUAUCAAAGUACAACGUGUAUGUUUCAUUACAAUCACUAAGAUUCUUUUUUGUCACUUUUUCAAAAAUGUCCACACAGUUCUCCUAAUCAACAAUUUCAUCUUGGCACAGCAGCUAUUUUUACAUUCAGAAUGCACUAAAACUAUCAAAACACUUCAUACUUCAUGUGUCAAAUCAAAUCAUUCUUCCAUAACACUAGCAAAGAUUGUCACCGCAUAAAACAAUGACCUAAAUACACUCACGACUGGUAGCAUUAUCUACAACAUUUUCUUUUAUAACUUGUUCAGUUUUGUAUUAUGUGAGCUUUUGAGCUUAUGUUGUGGAAGGAGUAUGCCAAUGUGCAAGUUAGCCUGCAAGUUUUUAUGUCUGAGCAAGAAAGGAAUUCAUGCAGUUUGAAUGAUGUAGUCAGUCACUGAUUGCAUUUUGUGCCAAACAAUGAUAUAGAAUGCACAGUUUAAGUCACAUCGACUGCUGUAGCGCUCACUGUGUGAAGAGUUUAGAAAAAGUGACCUAAUUGUUGAAAAAUGGUUCUAAAGACUGUACAAAAAAAAAGAAAAACCUGUGUAUGUAAUGUGAAUAAUAUAGCAAUGUACUGUAUGGAUAACCACCAUUAUAAUACAGGUGUUAAAACAGAAAACCACCUGAUGGUUCAGAGUUCAUCAUAAAUGGCCUGUCCAGAAACCAAUGCCAGAACUUGUUUAUAGAUGAACAUUGCAUCACACAAACAGAAAACACCGUAAUGUGCAUGUACAUUUAUUCAUUUAGCAGACACUUUUACCUGGAAUACACAAGCAAUUCAUCAUAAAAAGGCAAAUAAACACAAGUGCUCAUAAUACAAAAUUUCAGACAUACAGUAGUUUAGAAUAGUACAAGAUUAAGGAAAAGUGAAAGCACUGAGGAAUUUUUUUUAGUAGGAUGCUCAUGGAAGAGAUUAGUUUUCAGCUGUCAC